CCGGCUUUCAAAAUCCUCCUCCUCCGCCAUCAUCCGCCGCGGUGCGCGGAGCAGGUGGUGUUGAAGGUGCGAGCGGCGAGAACCGCUGGGAUUGCUGACGGACAGGUGGGCUGGGCAUCGGGCCUCUGGACUGGAGGCAGCGACCCCGACCUGAUCUGACCCAGACCCUAAAUCAGUCCUCGCCCACCCGGGCGAACGCGCGCGCUCCGGUCUCCCCACGCGGCGGCGGCGCCGCCUGUUUACGUUUGCAGAUUUCCAGGGGAGCCCACCAACGUGACCAACAUGGCCUCUGAAGACAUUGCCAAGCUGGCAGAGACACUUGCCAAAACCCAGGUGGCCGGGGGACAGCUGAGUUUCAAGGGCAAGAGCCUCAAACUCAAUACUGCGGAAGAUGCCAAAGACGUGAUCAAGGAGAUUGAGGAUUUUGACGGCUUAGAGGCCUUGCGCCUGGAGGGCAACACGGUGGGCGUGGAAGCAGCCAGGGUCAUCGCCAAGGCCUUGGAGAAGAAGUCAGAGUUGAAGCGAUGCCACUGGAGCGACAUGUUCACGGGGAGGCUGCGGUCAGAGAUCCCACCCGCCCUGAUCUCACUCGGGGAGGGCCUCAUCACCGCCGGAGCCCAGCUGGUAGAGCUGGACCUGAGUGACAAUGCGUUCGGGCCCGAUGGCGUGCGCGGCUUCGAGGCCCUGCUCAGGAGCUCCACCUGCUUCACCCUGCAUGAACUCAAGCUCAACAACUGCGGCAUGGGCGCCGGUGGCGGCAAGAUCCUGGCAGCUGCUCUGACUGAGUGUCACCGCAAAUCCAGUGCCCAGGGCAAGCCUCUGGCCCUGAAGGUCUUCGUGGCUGGCAGAAACCGUCUGGAGAACGACGGAGCCACUGCCUUGGCAGAAGCUUUUGGGAUCAUCGGGACACUGGAGGAGGUCCACAUGCCACAGAACGGGAUUAAUCACCCUGGUGUCACUGCCCUGGCCCAGGCUUUUGCCAUCAACCCCCUGCUGCGGGUCAUCAACCUGAACGACAACACCUUCACUGAGAAGGGUGCUGUGGCCAUGGCCAAGACGCUGAAGACCCUGCGGCAGGUGGAGGCCAUCAACUUCGGGGACUGCCUGGUGCGCUCCAAGGGUGCCGUUGCCAUCGCCGACGCUGUGCGCGGGGGCCUGCCCAAGCUGAAGGAGCUGAACUUGUCUUUCUGUGAGAUCAAGAGAGAUGCUGCCCUGUCCGUGGCCGAGGCUGUGGCAGACAAGGCCGAGCUGGAGAAACUGGACCUCAAUGGCAACACCCUGGGAGAAGAAGGCUGUGAGCAGCUCCAGGAAGUGCUGGAUGGCUUCAACAUGGCCAAGGUGCUGGCGUCCCUCAGUGAUGAUGAGGGCGAGGAUGACGAAGACGAGGAGGAGGAAGGAGAGGAGGAGGAGGAAGAGGAGGAGGAGGAGGAAGAGGAGGAGGAGGAGGAGGAAGAGGAGGAGGAAGAAGAGCCACAGCAGGGAGAGCAAGGGGAGGAGCCGGCCACACCGCCCAGGAAGAUCCUGGACCCUACCAGUGGGGAACCAGCUCCUGUCCUGUCCUCCCCGCCUCCUGCAGACGUCUCCACCUUCCUGGCCUUUCCGUCCCCGGAGAAGCUGCUGCGCCUCGGGCCCAAGAGUUCGGUGCUGAUAGCGCAACAGACUGACACGUCCGACCCGGAGAAGGUGGUCUCCGCCUUCCUGAAGGUGUCCUCUGUGUUCAAGGACGAAGCCGCAGUGAGGACAGCAGUGCAGGAUGCAGUAGAUGCCUUGAUGAAGAAGGCCUUCGGCUCGUCGGCCUUCAACUCCAACGCCUUCCUCACCCGGCUCCUCAUCCACAUGGGCCUGCUCAAGAGUGAAGACAAGAUCAAGGCCAUUGCCAACCUGUACGGCCCCCUGAUGGCGCUGAAUCACAUGGUGCAGCAGGACUACUUCCCCAAGGCCCUCGCACCCCUGCUGCUGGCGUUCAUGACCAAAUGUGGACACGAGCACGGCCUGGUGAGGAGUGUGCCCUGGUCAUGCGGCUGAUCCAGCUCUGCCCGUGCCCUCAGCAGCCUAGGCCAGAGGGGCUGUGCUCACCGGCCUUCCACAGCCACAGGCCCCUCUUCCGGACGCCAGGUGUCCAGAGACGUGGAACCUUCGCCUUGUCCUGCAGGGUCUUGGGCCAGCGGGGAUGGGUUGGGAAGCUUAUCCCCCUCCUCCCGGAGGCCACGUGUGCCCCCAGCCAACCUCUCACCUUUCCCAGGCCUCAGUCUCCCCACUGGCCCAACCAAGCGGCAGGGGCGGUGGUCCCCAAGGGCUCUGACCAGCCGCACUUGCUGUGAAUCCAGUGCCGAGGGGGAGGGGUGGGCAGAGGAGAAAGGAAGCGCCCCUGCCUUGGGGGACAGGUAACCCAGUGGGGUCCGGGCUGGCCAUCAGUCAGGGUACGUAGAGCACGUGAGCAGGUGUCGUGGGGCAGCCAGGAUGGGGAGGGGGGAGGCCCUGGCCGCUCCUCGGCCUCUGCCACUUCGCGGCUCUUCGUUCUGGGUGCCCAGCACCGCCGCCUCAGCUUGCCCACCUCCCUGCCGCCACGCUCUCCUCCCAGGCCGCCCCUUCUGUGCCUGGACGGGCCUGGGUGCCAAGCUGAGCCGACUUGCUGUGCUCCUCUCCCAGACCCUGGUCCUGGGCCUCACGGUGGCCACAGCCUCGCCACUCCCCCAGCACAGUGCGCUCCCCGCACCUGUUCCCGCAGCAGGAGAUGCUGCCCCAGCCUCAGCUUGUGUCUGGCGUGGCCCUGGCCCCUGCCUGCCACCCGCUGACAAAGCCCGGCCCCCUUCGUCUCCUUCCAACCCCUGGUGGGACUGUUUGCCUCCUGUUCCUGUUGUCCCCUGAUUGCCCUUGGGCUGAGCGUGGACCCCCCCCAAAAGGCCCUGCCCUGGUCGGUCAGUGACGGGCUGUCUCCUGGCCUGUUGCCUGCCUUCAGUGCGGGCCCCAGUCUGUGCCACUUAAAAGAGGGGGCUUCCCUUCCCUCAAGUGGUCCGGGAUCCCACGCCUGGUCUGGACCAGGGAAAGUGUUGGUGGCCUUUGGUGCUGGCUGCACCCCAGGCUUACCCAUCCUCGUGGGCACCUUUCCCCAGGUUUCCUUCUCUGCAGUGAAGCUAAUGACCUUGGUGGUAGCAACAGCCAUCCUGUUACCUGUAGGGGCCCACGUGGGACACACGUGGCCCAGCCUUCCAUGUCCACUCGUGGCUGCCGAGGGCGCCCUGGCCCGGCGCCUGCUGGGAAGGCCAUGGAGAGCAGAGGCCUGGGUCCCCACUGGGGAGGCCUGCGUUCCGGCCAGCUCUAGGCCUUGUGGCCCGGGGUGCAUCACCCAUCUCUCUGAGCCCCACCCACCCGCCACCUGCACAAGGUGGGAACUUCCUCUCUUUCGCAGAGUCAUCAUGAAAGUUAGAGAAGUUGAGUCCUGUGUAUUCUUGCCUAGAAAUGGCCCCUACUCCAUCUUCACAGGGAAACUGGCUCUGCUGCAUCUGAGUGUCCCCCACCCCAGGGCGCCCACCCCACCUGCUGACCCUUCUUUCC